AUGUCAAAAUUGCAACAAAAACACUACGAGGCAACUGUUAUGCUACAAAACUGCGACAACAUGUUACGGGCCCACGCAAUGGACAAAGUCAGCUUGGAGAAGCAGAACCAGUGUUUUAUUGAACAUAUCAAGAUAGCUCAACAAAACGCUUGCGACCUAGAGCUCAAGAAUCGGGAACUCGAAUACCAACUGGCAAAGGAGAGACAGCAGAACUCCAAACAACAUGAAGGAAGGCAAAGUUAA